AUGAGUGUUCCGGAGACCCCCCAAAGUGAGCAACAUGACCCCGAGUUCCACGAAUCCCGCGAACUUGUGGAGACUGCCGAACCACCUUCAAAUGAAGCGCCUCAAGCUGAAGAUGUGAGCAAGGAUCCUCAAGAGCCCGUCCCCGAAGUACGAGAACACGACUUGUCUCGGCCUUCUCCUGCUGAAGUCAGCGAAGAACCUGAGGCCUUGGAGGUGACCGCCAGGACAUCGGAAGAAAUUGUUUCCACUCCUGCGGGUGAUGAGAUUCAGGCAGAAGAGGAUAAUUUCCAAGAAGCCGUCGAGGAGCAGGCCGACCAGCCCAAGGACCUGCCAUCUGACACAGUUCCCGAAAGCACGGAAGCCCCUAUAGCCAAGCCUGAGAUCCCUCUCACCGCAGCGCAAAAGAAGAAGGCCAAGAAGGUAAAGAAGAAGCGCCAGUCUCUUGGUUUCGACGAAGGAAUUUCAACUGAGCCCGGGUCAGCCGAUCCCGAGCCAGUGCAAGUCUCCAAGUCCUCCGAACUUGAAGGAUCAGCUCCUCACGAGCCUAGUAACACUCAAACUUCCCUGCUUGGUGGCGAGAUGCUAUCUUCUGAAACAGAGCCUGUGGCUAAAGAUGUCUCUCAUCUUCCUGUCAAUAAACUCGCGUCUGUCCGUUCUGGUGACACCGGACCGGUAGCUCCCACGGAAUCGAUCGAGCCUACUGAGCCUGCUCAGGAAAUGGGAGAGGCUCCCGCUGUCGAGACUACCGAAGAGCCUGAAGUCGAGCCUGAGGUUCCUAUGACCACGGCCCAAAAGAAAAAGGCUAAGAAAGACAAGAAGAAGAAGUCUAAGCAGAAUUUUUCUUCCACUUCUGACGACGAGAAGCCUACGGGGUCGGAGUCUGUCGAGACCCAAUCUACGACCCAGUCAGAUGAGGUCACUAAGCCAUCUGUUGAUCCCGAGGUCGCGCCUGUCGAUAUCACCACAGAAGGCCUUGCAGCUACCAAAGAGACGCCUAUGGCAAUGGCUCCUCAGGAGGACACCAAAGAGGUUUCAGUCGAGCCCGAGCAACCGCAGGAAGGGUUCGCCCCGAUGUCUGUCCCAGAUGUCAACGAAGAAGCCCUUGCCAAAGACCCUGUUGGUGCGCCCGCAGAAGAAGCGGCUGUAGCCCCGCGAGAGAUUCCAAGUGAUGAUGCCCCCCUUGAGCCUGAGGCUCUUAUGACAGCGGCCGAAAAGCGGAAAGCCAAGAAGGCAGCUAAAAAGAAGCAACAGACCAUCAGCUCUAUCGCUGAUGAGCCUCCUACCACCGAGGCUGGAUUCGUUGAGACUCCGAAGGAUAAUGAAGCUAUUUCAGAGGCUGAGACACCGGCUGCAGAAGAGGUUGCCGUCCCUACUCCUGAGACUGAAGCUAUUGAGCCCGUCAAUGACGUGUUGGCUCUAGCUAAUGUGCCAGUAGAAGAAGGAACGGUUGAGCCCCCUGGCACCGAGGCUGGAUUCGUUGAGACUCCGAAGGAUAAUGAAGCUAUUUCAGAGGCUGAGACACCGGCUGCAGAAGAGGUUCCCGUCCCUACUCCCGAGACUGAAGCUAUUGAGCCCGUCAAUGACGUGUUGGCUCUAGCUGAUGUACCAGUAGAAGAAGGAACGGUUGAGCCCCUUGGCACCGACCAGCCUAUGGAGGACCUUACUCCGGCUACUGCCGUUGAGAAAGUGUCCGAAGCGGUAGACCCUGAAGUCUCGAAGGAACCGGAAACUGUAUCUACUGGGCCAGAGGUUCCUAUGACUGCUGCGGAGAAGAAGAAGGCCAAGAAAGCUAAGAAGAAGCAACAGAGCAUUAGUUCUGUCGCUGAUGAGACGCCUGCUGCUGAGGCUACAGUUAUCUCCGAACCCACAUCUAUCCAGACUCCUAAGGACAUUGAGACUGCUCUCGAGAGUGAGAAAUCGCUUGACGAGGAGGUUCCUAUUCCUACUCCUGAGACUGAAGCUGUUGAGCCCGUCAAUGACGUGUUGGCUCCAGCCGAUAUCCCGGUUGAAGAAGGAACGGUUGAGCCCCUUAGCAUCGAUCAGCCCAAGGAAGGGGACUUGACUCCGGCUCCGGCCGUGGAGACAGCUCCCCCCGGCUAUCGAGUCUGCAGUUUCUAA